AUAUCUGCAAUCGAUGAUUUAUCAAAAAUCAAAGAAUUAUAUAGUGAAGAAAAAUGCAAAGAUAUGAAUAGAUUUAAUGCUUCUGAAGAAGAAAAAAGAAAUCAAAGAAUGAGAAGAAAUACAAAACUUGGUGUAAUUUUCGGUGCUGGAAGUAUUAUUCUUGGUUUUACGUGGUUUUGCAUUCAUUAUGGAAAGUCACCUCGUGAUGAAAAUGGCCUCGCCACUCGUGAUGAAUUUAGUGGAUCACUAUUGGCUCCAUUUCGACGUAUCAGAAAGCAUUUUCAUCUUUGGAUGGAUUAUGUUAUUGAGCCGUCGAGAGAAGUUCUGUUACCUUCACCAAUAGCGCCUCCGUAUUAUCAGCCGAAAUAUACAUUGGUUAUGGAGCUGAAAAAUAUUCUUGUAGCACCGGAUUGGAGUUAUACAAGUGGUUAUCGUUUCAUAAAGCGACCAGCUUUGGACUACUUUCUUACUAUGAUCAAGUAUCCAAAUUUUGAAGUGGUAUUAUAUACAUCUGAAUCAGCUAUGAGUGCCCAUCAGCUCGUAGAGUCUCUAGAUCCCGACCACUGCAUUAUGUAUAAAUUGUACCGUGAUUGUACCAAAUACAUGAACGGUCAUCACGUGAAGGUAUUAUCGCAAUUGAAUCGUGAUAUGUCUAAAGUCAUAUUCAUAGAUCAUGAUCCCAAAUCUUUUCAAUUAAAUCCUGAAAAUGUACUUCGUAUUCCGAAAUGGGAGGGUAAUAUGGAUGACACUUCUCUUGUUGAUUUGGCAGAGUUGCUCAAAACCAUUCAUUUAUCAGAUGUCGAUGACGUCAGGCCUACUCUACAAUAUUAUAGUCAAUUUGACGAUCCUGCGAAAGAAUUUCGAAGAAGAGCGGUUGAAUUAGCUGAAAAGGUACAGCACACAUCGAAUGACAGUUUGCUCAAGCGAUACACGGGGAAGCUAUUUGGUUUUCGAAGACAUGCUGUUUCUUAA